AUGGCAUCUAAAGAAGAAGAUAUAUUAAUUUAAAAAGUUAAAAAUUUGUAUUACAGCUGUUAGAUAAAAGAAUGUAUUUAGUUUAUAGAUGAUGACAAUUAGAUCAGAGGGUCUUAUUGCCAUUAAAUGCUUUAAUUAUACAAAGGUCUUAGCUAAUUUAAGGCUCAAUUAAUCUAAGAGGCAUUUAACACAUUUUAAAAUUUAAUUAUGGAAAAUAAAUAAUUAAAGGGAAACAAAGUAGAUGAAUUAGAUGUUUUAGCAGUCAUUUUUUUUUAACUAGAGACUUAAUACUUCCAUAUUCCUAAAGCGGAACAGUUCAAUUCAAAUCUCCUCUAAGUAUGUGAACUUUAUAGAGAAUAAAAUGAGAAUUUAGAUUCUUAUUAAAAAGGAGUUUACCUUUAUGGUAAAGGUUUAUAUAUUUUCAUUGAAACAAGUAGGGAAGGAAUAGAUGAGAAGUGUAUUUAAUAUAUGCAGGAAGCUUUAAGUUUUUAAAAUUGGUUUAACGAUGAAAUAAUAAUAACUAUAGCAUGGUGCUGCUUUAUUGGUAAUAAGAUUGAUUAGUCUUGCCAAUGGUUUUAAAAGAUUUAUGAAGUCAAUCCUAGAUUUCCUAGUCUUGCAAACAAUUAUGCUUUGGCUUGUGAGUAAUUAGGAGAUUUAAAAAAGACUGAAAAAUUGUAUCUUGAAGAGAUGGAAGUGAGGUGGUUCAACUAAGUUGUUAUCAAUAAUAUGUCCUUAUUCUAUGGAGAAAAAAUGAAUGAUCAAGAGAAGUAGCAAAUUUAUUAAGAAAAAUUAAUAAAUUUAAAACCAAUGACAGCCAGGAUAUGUCAUUAUCAUGGAGUAUACUUAAAUAAAAAAGGUAGAUAACAAGAAGCUAUCUAAUUAUUUAAAUAAGGAAUAUAAAUAGAUCCAUCUUAUAUUGCAAAUUAUGAAAAUUUAUCAGAAAUAAUUGGUGCAACAGACUAUUAAAAUUCUUUAAGGUUGAUAGAAAAAUGUAUCGAAAUGUAUCCAGAAGAUGGUUGUUUAUAUACGUCUCUUGGCAGAAAAUAUGAAGUGUUACAAGACCACUAAAAGGCGAUAGAUGCUUACACAAAAUCUAUUUAACUAAAAAACUAUUAAGAAUAUAAAAUAUAUUCAAGUGGAAGAUUAUCAUAUUAAUACUACUUUCUAUAGAAUUAUUCUUAAGCACUAAGGGAAAUAUUUAAAGCCUGUAGCUUCAAAAAAUCUAGUACUAUGCUAGAUCAUUAUUACACUUACUGUUGGAGGAUUUGCCAAAUGAAAAAAUUGCCUUUGAAGGAAAUAAUUUAAAUAAUUAAUGAGUAAUCUGGUUAAGUUAUUACAAGAUUUGAGUAGUUUGCAAACAAAACAAAUGACAAAAAUAUAAGAAGCUUAUAUUUAGUUAAAUUAGAUUAUUUAAGGACAAUACUUUAUAUAAUUUCUUACAGAAAUCAUGUUGAACAUUUACUUUCAUUUAAGAAUAAUAUAUUAUAUUGGGAUUUAUUUAUAGAUUGA